GCUUUAAUUUAGCUUACACUGAUUUGGAUUACUCUUACUGGGUCGUUUUCAUAGCGUAAAAUUGAUUAUUUAAUUCCAUAAUCAUAAUGGCAGGAGAGCAGGAGCAAUUUUCAGCCGAAAAUUUGAAUCGGGGUGUUGAGGAAUCGGUGCCCAAUGCUGGGUCUUUUUAUUUCUCCGUGAAGGUCGGGCAUAGGUUGCCGAAUUUUCUUAAUUCGGUUAACCUGAAAUAUGUGAAGCUCGGUUAUAGUUAUCUCCUUAGUCAUCGCUUUUAUGUCUUGGUUGCACCAGCUCUCAUAGUGAUGUUCGGUGUCGAGUUAAAAAAGCUCACAUGGGAAGAUUUCUGUCAUAGACGCAAUCAAACAGAUGCUCUCUUUAUAGUUGGAUUGUUGGGUUUAGCUCUAUAUAUUUAUCUCGACUUGACACCGCGGUCCAUUUAUUUAGUUGAUUUUGCUUGUUAUCGCCCACCAGAUGAGCUUAAGAUCUCGAAGGAGGAGUUCAUUGAGUUAGCAAGAAAAUCUGGCAACUUCAGUGAUUCCGCGAUUGGAUUUAAGCAACGAAUUCUCAAGAAUUCAGGUAUAGGUGACGAGACCUACAUGCCCCGAGCAGUUUUCCGCCCUGGUUACAAAUUAACACUGAAGGAUGCUCGAGAAGAAGCAGCGACCGUCAUGUACGGUGCGAUAAAUGACCUUCUGGCAGCCACCAAAAUCAGGCCACUGAACAUAAGAAUUCUAGUUGUGAAUUGUGGAGUCCUAAAUACCACUCCAUCGCUGUCAGCUAUGGUAAUAAACUAUUUUAAGCUUAAGCACAAUAUUCACAGCUUUAACCUUGGUGGCAUGGGUUGUGCUGCUGGAAUUAUAGCCAUUGAUCUAGCUACAGAUCUUUUACGUGCGUAUCCGGGCUCAUAUGCUUUAGUAGUGAGCACAGAAGCCGUGACCUACUCGUGGUACAACGGUCAAGAGUUUGACAUGCUCCUUCCAAAUUGCUUCUUUCGAAUGGGGGCUGCAGCCAUGUUGCUAUCAAGCUCCCGCCUUGACAGAUGGCGCUCCAAGUACGAACUCGAGCAGCUGGUUCGAACUCACAAAGCCAUGGACGAUAGGAGCUUCAAAAGCAUACGCAUGAGGGAAGAUGCAGAAGGCAGGCAAGGUAUCUCGGUGAGCAAAGACGUGAUUGAGGUGGGAGGCCAAGCGCUGAAGGCACAUAUCUCCACUCUUGGCUCGCUAGUCCUACCCGUUUGUGAGCAAGUGCAUUCCUUCUCCAAUUUGCUCUUUCAGAUGAAGAAAGUCAAGCCUUGCGUUCCUGACUACAAACUUGCUUUAAAGCAUGUCUGCAUAUUGGCAACAAGCAAGAAGGUGUUGGACGAGAUACAAAAAAACUUGGAGCUCACAGAUGAGUACAUGGAGGCGUCCAGGACAACGUUGGAGCGGUUCGGGAACACUUCGAGUAGCAGUGUUUGGUAUGAAUUGGCAUACUUGGAGGCAAAAUCUAGGAUCAAGAGCGACGAUCGAAUUUGGCAAAUCGCUUUCGGGUCGGGAUUCAAGUGUAAUAGCAUUGUUUGGAAGGCUCUUAGGAAUAUUGGGAAGCCCAAGCAGAGUCCGUGGGUUGAGGAUUAAUUAAUUAAUUCUAUCCGCAGGUAGGUGAAGAAAGAAAAGGAUGUA